CAAAUUCGACCGCUACCAGCUGAGUCUCGGCCAGAAGAAGCACUUUCCCUUGAUCAUCAGCGCCUCAGAACCGCGCGAGGCCACCUUCGACGCUAACCUGGAACCUGGGGCCACCUACCAGGUCCUCGUGAAGACCGUCUCAGGGAACGUGGCUUCCUGGCCUCCAAAGGAACGUCACCACAGCUAUAGAGACUUUCCCUCUUCAACGCAGAAGUUCAUAUUGCAACAGACAAUACGAAUGGAGAUCCGGCACAUUAUAUGGAUGACAAAUGACAACUUUUAUCAUAGCUGUCAGGCAGUUAGUUCCAGCAGUGUCUUUAACAUGUCGAAACACGUAGGGCCCUCACAGUCCUUUCUCUUCAUCACCCUGGUCCUCCCAAUACUCCUCAUUAACUCCCCUUCAAUCUGCAACAAUUUAACCAUGGUCCAAGAACAUGCAGGACCAAUACAGCAAGGAGAGAAAGUGGUGGUGGAAGGUCCAGGGAUUUUGAAAUCCUCAGCCCAGUUGGGAAAGACCUCGAAGUCUCUCAGUAAUACUUGCCAUUUAGAUUUUAUAAGUCUGCAUCUCUUGUCCUCAGGUCCACUAAAGAUUUUGGAUCUGAGAAGAGAAGACGAGGAGUCCAGCCAAGAAGUGAAGUUGUCGUGGACACCAGACCCAACUUCAAUUCAAGACAGUUAUAAGAUUUUGUACCAGGAGGUAGAAGCUUUUAACGGAGAUGCACGCACUAGGACCACCACAGAAGAAAUGGCUACAGAAAGUCUUUAUCCUGGAAGAAAUUACUCUGUUUCUGUUGCUGCUGUGUCUAAUAACAUAGAGAGUGAACACAUGUCGCUUUAUGUUGCUACUAAACCGACAUCCCCAAUUAUUGAAAUGCAGCCGAUUCCCCAUGGCCUCGACAUUUCCUGGAAGAGUGAUGAUACCUCCCGUCAGGAUGGAUAUGCAGUUGUUCAUGUUAGAAAUGACACAGGAGAAUCAGUUACCCGUAAAACAGGGAAGGAACGCAUAAAGUUGGAAGACCUGUUCCCUGGUGCUAGAUAUGAGAUUAAGGUCUAUGCUAUAUCUCAUGGUCUGUGGAGCGAACCUCAUGCUCAUUUCCACGUAGUGUAUCCAAACCCUGUACGCAACCUGACAAUUAGUUCCGCCACAAACUCCACUGUGAUCCUUUCUUGGCUGCCUCCAAUUGAGUCAUUAUUCUCACAUUACAAUAUAAGAUACCGCCCCGUAGAAACAGGAGAUUGGAUCGUGUUGCCUCCUGUCAAUAAAACCUCAGUUGUCAUUGACAGCCUGCAGCCUGGAGAGCGCUAUUUGAUCCAAGUUCGUUCUGUCUCUCAUAAUGUAGAAAGCUUCACCCCAGAAGGAGUUGAGCAUACUGUUCCACCAAACCCUGUGACAGGAAUCACACCAGUACUUGAUUCCCACAACAUAACCCUGGAGUGGCCCAGACCAGACGGCAGACUAGAUACGUAUACCAUUAUUUGGUGGAGCAAUUUUACACCAGAUAUAAAGCAUCGCAAGGAGAUACCUGGUAGCCAUGCAACAGAGGGUAUAGACCGAAAAUUGUCCAUUGUGGUAGACAAGCUGAUGCCUGGAGAGCUGUACCAUUUCAAGAUUUAUACUACAGCACAUGAAGUGAAUAGUGAGGUGGUGGAGCUCUCAAGUAGAACUAUACCCCGCAUCACAUCUGACAUCAGAAUUGGGCAUCAGCCAGAGAGCAGAUCGAUGACCAUUAUAUAUACACCAACGCCCAAAAAUGACUCUUCCUUUGACAUGUACAGAUUCAUGUUGUCUGACCCUUCCAUAUCCGUGAAGGAGAAGCCUGCAGAUGAUAAGGAUCGUAAGAUUGUCUUUAAUAAUCUGGUGCCUGGACGGAUGUACAACGUCACGGCCUGGACAGUGUCGGGAGGGGUGACCAGCCUGCCCCUCAUACGACAGGAUCAGCUCAACCCCGAAUCUGUGUCAAACAUCACUGCUGGUUAUAUCUCGGACACAGAAAUUACCUUGUCCUGGAACAAACCGGCUGGGGAUUAUGAUGUAUUUGAGGUCCAGUAUCUCCGUGACAAUGAGCUCUUAACCACAAACACCACGAAGGAUUCCGUCACUAUCACGAAAUUACGACCACAUCACAACUACACCUUCACAGUCCUCACUUGGGCAGGAAGCACAAGGCAGUCAAAUUCUGUGUCGGCAACUUUCACCACAAGGGAGAGCGCUCCUGGGAAGGUGAACAGAUUUGAGGCAACCAUUAUGAAGCCAAGCGAGAUAACAUUCAGCUGGUCUUUGCCAUCGGAAGAACACAAUGGUGUUCUCUUGGGCUACAGGAUCAAGUAUAGAAUCAAGGGUUCCGAAGUUGCCCAUGAGACGCACUUCGCAGCCAGUGAAGAGUCAGGUGUCAUACAGAAUCUAAUCCCAGGAGAGACCUAUGUUUUCCAAAUAGAAGCCAUGACCAAGAUUGGUUCUGGACCCAUCAGGCACUUGGAAAAGACCAUGCCUAUUGGUGAUCCCCCCCAGCCAGGUCCUCUCGAAUUCCCCACAGAGGUGUCACAUACCGCAAACACCAUUCGCAUUCGUUACCGGAAGCACUACUUUUCCGACAAAAACGGGCAGAUUAUAGGAUACACCAUCAUUGUAGCUGAAGAUGACACCAAGAGUUCCAGAGGGAUUGAGUUGCGUACCUGGAAGGAUGUCCAAAGUUAUCCCUUGUGGCCUCCAUAUCAGGUCACAGAACAUUACUAUCCAUUUGUCAACACAUCAGUGGAAGACUUCGACAUUGGUGUUGAGGAGGAUUGCGAAACUCAAGAUACCUACUGCAAUGGGCCGCUGAAGCCAGGAAGUACAUACAGAGUAAAAAUCCGAGCCUAUACAGCAGCGAAUAAGUUUGCUGACACCUACUAUAGCCACCCAAUCACGACAGAUUCUGCAAGUGGGAAUUUAGGAUUGCUUGUAGCCAUUCCUGUGGUAUUUGUGGUGCUGGUGGUGAUAGUGGCAGUGGCUAUAAGACAGCGAAGGGCAUGCAAGUCAACAAGAAAGACUCCCGAUCAACUUAGCAAUAUUCAUCCAAUGCCAGAUUCCAUUAGAGAAACAAGCCGACCUGUAAAGCUGCAGGACUUUGUGGCCUACUUCCGAUUCAUGGCAGCUGAUUCGGAUUACCACUUCUCUGAAGAAUAUAAAGCUCUACAACAUGUUGGUCGUGAUAUCCCACACAACGCAGCUGACCUCCCUGUCAAUCGGCCCAAGAAUCGGUUCACAAACAUUUUGCCGUAUGAGCACUCUCGUUUUAAACUGCAGUCCACUGAUGACGAGGAGGGAUCCGAUUAUAUAAAUGCAAAUUAUGUCUCGGGCUACAAUUCUCUGCGGGAAUUCAUCGUAAGCCAGGGGCCUCUCCCAUCUACAAGGGAUGAUUUUUGGCGCAUGUGUUGGGAGAGUAAUACCCGAGCCAUCGUCAUGUUGACACGGUGCACAGAAAGGGGCCGUGAGAGAUGUGAUCACUACUGGCCAUACAACAUGCAGCCUGUCUACUAUGGAGAUAUUCAAGUGACAAUUCUGAAUGAGCGCUAUUUCCCAGACUGGAGUGUCACAGAAUUCAGAGUCUGCAAGGGAGAAGUUCGCCGCAUGAUUCGCCAUUUCCACUUCACAACUUGGCCAGAUUUUGGAGUACCUGAUCCUCCGCAGACGUUAGUCAGAUUUGUGCGUUUCUUCAGGGAAAGAAUUGGUGCAGAUCAAAGGCCAAUUGUUGUACAUUGCAGUGCUGGUGUAGGACGAUCAGGAACUUUCAUCGCUUUGGACAGAAUACUGUUCAGCAUAAGAACAAAUGACUAUGUGGACAUAUAUGGUAUAGUUUAUGAGAUGAGACGACAAAGAGUUUCCAUGGUACAAACCGAGCAGCAGUAUAUAUGUAUUCACCAGUGCCUUCUGUCUGUCUUGGAAGGAACGGAAAACGAACAUCCCUUAACUGAGAUUCAUGAUAAUCAGGGUUACGAAGAUGAUGAAGGAAUAGCCGAGUCGAGCAUGUGACAGGAGGCGUAUGGGUUGCAUUCCCUUGCAACCUAUACAAAGUAUGGAAAUGACGUGACUUUGGCAAAGAACAGACCUUGAAGAUGCGUUUAUCAGAAGGAAUCUCCAUGGAAGUGUGUACAGAAAACUAUAUUUUUAUAGUAAUUUAUCUUAACUAUUCCAAACUUUAUGGUUUGUUAUCAGACUUCAGUCAUAUAUAUAUGUAUACAGUAUAUAACAGUGUUAUAUAUGUACUUAUGUAUGUAUGUGUAUAUAUACACACUUGUCACCUUGUAUGUCAGUGUAUGUUCGGCGUUCAAUUUAUCAGAUUAGAUUUAGUAUAAAAACUUCAUCAGUAUUUUUUCCUCUUUUUUCUGAACUGUAGACAAUUCUUGUGCCACUUACAAAGUAACUACGGAAUAUAUACUGUAUGGUAUUCAAAAUUGCUUUUGAUAUUAUUAUGUAGUAGAGCAUAUCAAAUUACUUCUUGGAAAAAAGUGUGUUUCUAUGAACUUUGUGUAAAUAUAUUGUAAAGAAUGUAAAAAACAAAAAUAAGAAAUCAUAUUAUUAGUAGAUUAAUAUUACCUUUUGUCUUAUACAUACUUAUAAGAUUUUAUUUGUGAGGGGAAGCGUAAUUGAUAAGAUAAACGAAGGUGCUAUCGUAUCUGAGAUUUUUUUCUUUAAUAAGAAAGCAGGAGAAACUAAAUCCGUCCUAAUUUUAUUUCACUUCGCUUUGAUUUCCUUUCAAUGAUUAGUUUUAUGGUAUCUUUUUUUUGCAAACAUGCUAUAUGUAUAUCUUGAAUUUUCUUAAUUUUUCUUCAGAUGUGUUUUUUUUUUUAUGUGUAUAUUGCCAACAAUUGUCCUCAUGAUUUACCUCAUACUGUCUAUGAGAGACAUCAUUAUACCUAUAUAGUAAUGCUUAUAUAGAUAAGCCAGAAAACAUUUGCAUAAUUGUGAGUUCAGGUGAAUAUUCCAUUGUUGAAUGUGAAUGUAGGGGAUUACUGUACUGACUGGUAAAGUGAAAGGCAGAGAGGAAUGCUCAGCAAAGAAUUGGCUUUUUGAAAGAUGAGGCAAGUUGAGGGAAUAGUUAAAAGAUUGGGAUUACACAUGACUUUAUUGGGACCACAAGAAAAGCAGUGAAUAACUGUAUCCGAUUUCUUUUGAUGUGGUUUGUGUAGAUUAUGUGUGUAAGUGUAUAUUGAUUUUGUAUUUCUGUUUUGCCCCUUUCUUGUAAUCCUGUGAUUUAUGGAUGGCUAGUAAAUAUAUUUUUUUUCUUUUUUGCAUGUGUGAGAUGGGAAGAUGGACCAGUAUAAAUGCUCAUAUAUUAGCGACUGGCUUGUAUACAUCAAAAUUUUUUCACAGGAGCUAAUUAUGUACUUAGGAAAAAAAAAAAACCCUACUUUCAGACAAAUGAAGUUUGUUGCUGUAUGUACAUACAUGUCCUGCUAACCAAACAUGCAUAAUUACUCAACUGGCAACAAGGAAAAUAAGAAAAAGGGAAGAUACAGCUCAAUGCAUUUCUGUUUUAAUAGUGUACUCCAACUCCAUAGUUCGAUUAGCUUUUCAUAUUAGCCUAAAUGUGACUUUACUGGUUUCUUGGAUCAGUAUCAUGACAAAAAAAAAGCUAUCCAAAGUACAUUUUGUCUCCUUUACUAUUUUUGUUAUUCAUUAUUUUUUUUCUCUCUUUUGUGUGUGUGUGUGCCACAUGCUUACCUGUUUGAGUGAGUGAGUCAGUGAAUCAGAUGUGUGUUAGUUGUUUAUAAUUAGCUAUUUUGAUUGCCAGUUAUUAGGAAUUACAGUAAUUCAAAACCUACUUAGUCCCCAUAUGACAAUAUGAAUUUAAGAAUAUAUUUAUGAGUCGGUAUAAUUUCUAUUGUCCGUUUUGCCUCGGUGAACUGAUGAAGCAGGUACAUCUCUUAUCAAACAUUUAACUGAUUAUGAAAAAUAAUGAUAAGCUAAUUGUAGCCAUGAUAACUAUUUCAAACGGAAGCUAAAAAAACGCCAUCAAUAUUUAAUUUAAUUUCAGACUCAAGUUUAAAGUUUUUUUAUGUAUCUGUAUAUUAUGCCAUGUUCAAGUAUAUUGUUUAUAAAUAAAGUGUUACCAUUAUGAAA